ACCUGUUUAGGCGCCCCAAUCGCAUCUCUUACAGCCACAAUCGACAAUACAUCUUAUCAGCCAUCCCUCCCAGACUGUUGAAGAUUCCCACCGGAGCAGCACGGCUUAGUUUCAUCACAACCAAGCUACUCAGCAGAGCUGUUAUCACGCACUGUCGCUGCGAUGGCUUCCACUCUCGACAAGUUAAACGACCCGAACAUAAUCUACGGUGGACCACUGCCGGAGGAUUUUGACCGCGGAUGCGCCUCGUUGGGAGAGCUGAUCAUACGCCAGCUUAGCAAGACCUCCGACAAAAUCGCGUUGGUCAGUGGAAUCAACGCACUACAGCUAACAUUUGGCGGAAUGUUGGAGCAAUCGUUGGCACUUGCCGCCCACCUGCACGAUCUGGGUGUUCAGCGAAACGACGUAGUCGCACUGAUUAGUGAAAACCGCUACGAGUAUCCAGUUGUAAUUUUUGCUUCGCUGUACCUGGGAGCUACGACAGCCUUGUUCAACCCGGGCUAUACCGAACGGGAGUUUGAACAUGCAAUCAAACUGGCGAAACCGAAAGUCAUCUUUCUAUCGGCACAAGCAAAUCUGCCGGUGCAAAAAGCUUGCCUUCGUAUUCGUCGGCCUGUGCAGUUCAUUCAUCUGGAUGACAAUGGUAGAGGACAAACUUUUCAAAAGUGCUUGGAAGGAUCCUCCAGGAAGUUCUCGGAUGGAAGUUUCGUUCCUGCACCGGUUCAAAUCGCAGACCAAGUGGCAUUGAUAGUAAUGUCCUCGGGAACUACUGGACUGCCAAAGGGGGUACAGAUAACUCAACGAAAUGUAAUGACAACGAUAUCUUUCAUUCAGUCAUUCUUUGAAACGAAUAAUCUAGAAGAAAUGGUAGCCGUUGAUGUGAUACCGUGGUUCCACGUCGCUGGGGGUGUGUCGAUGCUGAAUUGGUUGGCCAAUGGAAUGCGCUUGGUAUAUUUGCCAAGGUUCGUCUCAAGCUCCUACCUAUCGUGCAUUCAGCAGUACCGUCCAAAUAUGCUGAACUUGGUGCCUCCAAUUGCUGUGUUUUUGGCUAAAAACCCGAUGGUCGACGAGUUUGAUCUGUCUUCCGUGGAGACAAUCUUCUGCGGAGCAGCUCCGCUGAGUCGUAAAAUAGAAGAAUUGAUUCAUUCUCGGUUGAAGGUGUCGUUUAUUCGACAGGCUUAUGGCAUGAGCGAAACCACUUUGGCCAUUCUCGCUCAGCUGGGUACCGAGAAUAAACCGGGUAGCGUGGGUCGUGUACGACCAGGGCAGUGGGUUAAAGUGAUUGAUACAGAAACUGGCAAGUCCUUAGGUCCGUAUCGAAACGGUGAACUGUGCUUCAAAGGUACCUUAAUCAUGAAAGGAUAUAUCGGGAAGGAAGAAGCCAUAGAUCAAGACGGCUGGCUGCAUACCGGGGACGUCGGAUAUUAUGACGACGAAGAAAACUUUUACAUCGUUGAUCGAUUGAAGGAAUUAAUUAAAUACAAAGCUUUCCAAGUACCGCCAGCGGAAUUGGAGGCUGUACUAUUGACACAUCCCAAGGUGAAGGAUGCAGCCGUGAUUGGUGUCCCGGAAGAACGAGUGGGGGAACUGGCUACAGCAUUCGUGGUUCCGGUCGAUGGGUCCGAAGUGAAGGAGGAAGAGAUUCUGAAAUUUGUGAAUAAUCAAGUAUCGGUAACUAAGCAGUUGCACGGAGGAGUCAGAUUUAUCCUUGAAAUUCCAAAAACUAGCAGUGGGAAAAUUUUAAGGCGAAAGCUUCGUGCGGUGGCCCAAAGGAAAUCAAAACUAUAAAUUCAUCUUCGAUUAAUUACCAAUUCCUAUCCAAUGUUAACGCAUAUUAAAGUAUACUUACAAAGUC